AUGAAAAAUGAAGCCAAUCAAAAUUAUGCAGAAAAACUCACUGAUGCUCGAUGGAGAACCGCACAGGCUGUUGGAGUAUCUGAAAGCACAGUGACUAGAAUUCUGCGCGAAAGAAAGGAAUAUAGUAAUACAAUAAAGCAAAAUACAGUACCUGCUUUGGAAUCGAAUAUAACUACGGAGACAGAUGCGAUAGUUCCUAUAGUUCCAAGUGCGGAGCGUGCAACAGAGCCGACUUUGGAAGCGGAUAUCGAUUCUGAAAAUGAAGCGAGUACUUCGAAUUCAAAUUUAGUAGACAGAAAUGCUUCUAUUUUUACAUCACCUAUGAAGAAGAGAAGGAGUGUCGUGGAGAGUACAUCAGCAACAAUUAAUAGACCAUGUAAAAAAGCACUACCUGCAGUAGAUAUUGCUACUCAAUCUAGUCAAACAAACACAAAUACCAUUCAGGAAGUAAAUCCAGUCCGAAGUAAUAUUAUGCCGAUGAAUUUUGACAUUAAGCUAAAAGUAGAGAAUGUAAUAGAAGAACAGCAGGAAAUAAUAAGUUGGAGGGAAAUAGUGAAAAUAUCUACUGAAAUUUAUCUUCAAUCAAAUAAUAUUUUUGAUAAAAUACUACAUGGACAGGUCCUCAACACCUGCAAACCGGACGCAAAAGUAUUCGUAAAAACGCCCCACGAGGAACUAUUAGACCGAGCAUUCACACAAUGGUGCCAUUGGGCCUCCCUCACAGAGGAGCCCAGAGAUCCGCCGUUAUUCUACAAAUGCUACAUCUGCGAUAUGGCGUGGUGGCACUUGGCCUACUUUCGCGACCACAUACGAACCCACGAGCAUUCGAGCCUCUGCGUCGCUCUAGAAAUGAAUGACAACGUCGAGUGCAAUAUUGUCGCUUACUACAGCAAAUCGGCGAACAAGUACAUUGCGAACAUAGAAGGGAAAUGCUGGAAAUGCGGCGAAAAUGCGUUCGAACAUACGAAAUUGAAGAACUGUGUCGGAUGUAAGAAACGGUUCUCCACGUGCAGCAAGCUACGCCAACACCAGUGGCACUGCGAGGGGUUCAAAAAGAUGCACCUAGACCUUUUCGCGUCAGCCGAGCAGAUAUUUAAAUGUCACCUGUGCCGGUUUUACUUUUUCAAACAGGAGGACAGUAUAAAUCACAUGAUAUUGCGGCAUUCUGUCCGGUCCGAUGUGCCCAUACCGGGCUGUGCUGUUUGUGAGAAAUGCAAGGACCCGAUUUCCUAUGAAGAUGAUCAUGUUUGUGAAUCUAAAGAGUAUGUUAAGACUUGUGGUGCGUGCAAUAAAAGGGUCACCAAAAGCAGUGCUGCAGUCCAUCAGAUUGAAUGGGACGUCACCUGCCACGUAUGCAAAGUGAAAAUAGUAAAUAGUUGUUCAACACAUCUCCACGCACUUCGUCAUACGAUGAACUAUGGAUUGGCGUACAAGUGCCUCACCUGUAAUUUUUUUAUAAUCUUUGACUUGGAACAGAUUCAAAAACACAAAAUGUUUUAUCAUUCCAAUCGCGAUUUUGAUUAUGAUCUUAUUUCCGUCCCAAAAACCAUAGUGGAUAGAUUAAAAUCUACGCCAGCCAAACAUGAUUCGACGGUUGAUAGUCCAAUAAAUACUCUUAUAUUGUCUCAUAAUACUCAAGAUAUGGUGAAUGAUAGAGAUGAAUAUGAUGAUGUCAUCAUCAUUAAUAAUGUGCCUGAAGUUAUUGUUGUACCAUCUGAUGACGCACCUAACGAUGAUCUCCCUUGUGUCAUUGCUAAUGUCAAAUCCGAACCACUUGAAAACGAAAUACAAACAUCUAAAACAAAACAUACUGUUACACCACAAAAUGAUUUCGAAUGUAAAACGAUGGUAAUCCAAAUACCAAAAGACACAAAAGACAUAUUUGAAUGCCAUUCGGAUGGAAACAGAAUUAAAGAUGAUGAAGUAAUAUGUAUUGAUGAAAUUAAAAGGGAACCUGAUAGUGAAGUGGCCGUUGAAUCUACACAUAAAAAUUUAAAUAAAAUUACUACACAUAGACGCACGCAGUAUGUACAUGGUAAAGAAUUAUCAAACACGCAAACUGUAAAAGCUACUCCGGAAGAUAUCACAAAGUCAUUGACUAAUAUAAAAAAAUCAAUGGAUAUUACAUAUAAAGAAAUGGAAUUCAUGAAAAAAUAUAUAAAUCAUUCCAGCACAAAUCCAGAAGUCGAUAUAGAAAGAAUGCUACCUUUAGCGUUUGUGAAAACGAAAUGUUCGGAAAGCCCUGAAGUGAUACAGAAGAUACAAAAACCGAAUAAAAUUAAAAAGUUGAGACAAUACAGACCCAAUAUUAAACAGACUCUGCUAACGGACGUUUCACGAAAUUCAGAAUCGGAUGUUAAAAUCGAAGUUAUAAAAAGUGUAGACGUGGUGGAGAAAGAGAAACUAAUAACAGUCGACCUAAGAGAUAUACAAUUGAAUGAACAGAAACGAGAAGAAGGUAGACCGGCAGAUAAUAAUUUAGAUCAAAUUACUCCAAAAGAAUCAGAAGUAUCAGAACCGUUGAAGGAAGAAAAAUUAGUAGAGACGUUUGUCGAAGUCGAUAUCCCAUGGGAUGCUGUUCCAAUAAAGGAAGAAUCGGAUCCGGAAAUGGAUUUAAAAUUAUCGGAUAUCAGAAGUUUGUAUCAUGUCGAUGUUAAUGUCAGUGAAAGCGAAAUUGAUGUUAAGCGAGAAAUUAAUGAAUUUGAUUUAACCGGACAAAGCGAGAACUGGCACCAAUACAACUUUGCUUAUACUUCGCAACAUUCGAGUGAUGAUGAGUUUGAGAAUAAAUUGAUCACCAUCUCAUCAAAUGCAACUUUAAAUACUGAUGAUGAAAGGAACCGAACACACAGGAAAAUGGGAAACGCUAUUGAAAUAGAAGUCGUUGCAGAUGUUCAUCAUGGUUAUCAGCAACAGUCGCACAAAACACGACCGUAUUCAAAUGCUGAACGCCAAAGAAGAUACAGAGAAAGGAGAAAAGCUGAUAAAAUGAACGCAUGUACAUUCAGUCAAUCUAGCGAUGUUCAGCCACAUCAUGGUGUACAAAUAAAUAAACGUCAACGACAAUCUAAUGCAGAACGCCAAAGACAAUAUAGAAAAUCAUUACGUGAACCGCAACACAAGAGUAAUACACCACAUACAUCCAAUAUCGAUCGACUGCAAAAUGUGGACCAGGCUGAACUUGCACGAAAACGAUAUUUAAACAAACAACGCCAAAGCAGGUUUAGAGCAAGGCGAAGAUUUGAAUCACCUAGUACAUCGCAUCAAGGAGGGUUUAUUUUGUAA